CACCAAUGCCAAUGGGACCACAGCGUGGCGGCUGAUCUGACAAAUCGUAGGGCCCAUUGCAAGCAAAGCGAUUUGUUCAGCUGCAUAAUUACAAACCUGCGUUCAUCCCCAGCUUGAGACCCGUUUGGGUCACCAAAUGGCGCAGCGUUUUGUAUCUCCCUGGGUGCAAUACUGAUUACACCAGGUAAGGCCACCUUUUCGACCCUUCGAAGCGGCGUAGUAAACGUGUGAAGGGGCUUUUAAGCAUUAAAGUAGAGUGCUUUGAGUCAAUCUCUUUCACCACCCUUUAUCCCGUUUUCAUCUACUCCUUCCUAUGUACUUCAAUGGGUUCUGACACUCAUGAAGCAGCACUCUCCACAGAAUGUCAGGGGGAGAGGUGGUGCAGGUAUUUAGCUACCUUCAGUGGUUGAGCUCGUUCUGUUGUGCCAGCAUCACACUAAAGGCGUUGAAUCACUCUCUAGAGUGGCACUUUUGCAAUGAACAGAAAUCCUUGAUAACUGAUUGGUCGCUGAAAGAAGUCUUGAGUUGCUGAGUGCUUCUCAGCGACUUGGUUGAAAUAUUUGCAGUCGAUUGUGGUAUGGAAGAAAAUGUUGGUACCAUCAAACCCAAUUGUCUAUCUCAAGAUGAAGGGCAUUUUGCAAGGAGCUGGGCUGUUUGUCUAUCAGGCUUUUACUUCAAUAGAACCAUUGAAACAAAUAGUGUGUUUCAAGUGUUCCAUGACAGAGUCCUAAAGAUUUUUUGAGUCAAGGUACUAUAGGAAAGCCGGCAAGCCCCCUGAUCUCCACUGGAAGAGAUGGCCAACAGCCGGUAUGAGUAUGUCAAGCGCUUUGAGCUGGCAGAUGAGCUUCUGCCAGAGGUCUGGAUAGUCAUACGAAUCGACGGAAGGGGCUUCACAAAAUUUUCACAGGCGCACGAGUUUGAGAAGCCCAACGACGUGAGGGCGUUAUGUCUAAUGAAUGCGAGCGCCAAAGCGGUGGUAGAAGACCAGCCAGACUGCAUCUUUGCAUACGGGGUAAGCGACGAGUACAGUUUCGUCUUGAGGAAGUCGACCUCCUUAUAUCAGCGUCGUGCCAGCAAGCUGGUGUCGGUGUUUGUCUCGUACUUCGCCAGUAACUUCGUCCACCGAUGGCCCGACUUCUUCCCCGACAAGAAUCUCCAGUACCUUCCUGCAUUCGAUGGCCGAGCGGUCUGCUAUCCGACGGCUGCUAUCCUGCGGGACUACCUAGCCUGGCGACAGGUCGACUGUCACAUCAACAACCAGUACAACGCGUGCUACUGGGCCCUCGUCAAGUCUGGCGCCACGCCAGCAGAAGCGCAGGCCACCAUCAAGGGUACGCAGGCUGACUUCAAGAACGAGCUCCUCUUCAAGCGGUUCGGCAUCAACUACUCUACGUUGCCCGCCAUCUUCAGAAAAGGCACUAGCAUCUACCGGAAAGAGGUCCAAAAGGCGCCGCCAGCCAAGAAGCUGCGCAUUUCGGGGCGUGGCGAAAAGAACACAACAGCUUCUUCUCCAAACAACGAUUCGCCGCCCAUGACCAUGGAAGACAAGCGCAACCUGAGCAUUGCCCUAGCCAACAUGGAAGGUGGAGGGGCCACGGGCGUCCGAGGAGGCGGGACCGUCCGUGCCACCAGCUCAGCCCUGCGAGGAGAACGGAGAGCGGGCACAGCGGAGAAAGCGACAGCUGGUGGUCGAUCAUUGUGA